AUGCUAGUGGAUUGUAUAUAUAAAAGGUUUGAUAAUAGCAAAAGUAUACCUCCGGCGGGACUCGAACCCGCAACCUUCGGAUUAGAAGUCCGACGCGCUAUCCAAUUGCGCCACAAAGGCCUAGCGGGAAAACUCAUUUUUAGGUUUAUAAGGAAUCUACCGUAUAAGAUUUCUGCUGAGGAGUUAUACGAUAUUUUUGGAAAAUACGGAUCGGUUCGUCAGAUUCGAAAGGGUAACACUCCGAGGACUAACGGCACGGCUUUCGUGGUCUACGAUGAUAUCUAUGAUGCUAAGAAUGCGUUGGACCAUCUCUCAGGGUUCAAUGUUGCCGGUCGGUACCUGGUGGUGUUGUACUACAACCCUAACCGUUUAAACAAGCGUAAGGAUCUUGACAAAGAGCAAGAGGAGCUUGAUAGGGUGAAAACAGCUCUAAACAUGAACGAUUGA